UGUACACCACCCUUUUCUACGCUCAUUUCAGUUUGGACUCUCUACUUGACUCUUUCUGGUCAUGGAGACUGGAGAUGUGAGUAACAGUUAACUUGUUUGUUUUCGCAGGUUUUGAGAAUGAACCCUCGUUACAUCCUCUACAUCCACCUGGUCAUCAACGACAUCAUCCUCCUGACCAUUUUCACCCUCAUCCAGGUCCUGAGUUACGCCGUCUUCACCCUCAACGUCUCCCUCUGCAUCGUUCUUGUCAUUUUCGCCGUGACGGCAAGUGUAAACAAUCCAUUAACGCUCGCCAUCAUGGCAGUCGAGUGUUACAUCGCUGUAUGCUUCCCCCUCAGACAUGUGCAGAUUUGCACGGUCAAGAAACCCUACGCUGCCAUUGGUGCCAUUUGGAUGUUGAGUUCCUUCUACAUCCUAUCAGAUUUGUUCGUGACCUUGGCUAUAGAACCUAUGGCGUUUUUUCACUCCAAAGUUUUCUGCAUCACACCAAUGGUUUUCAGACAUCCUUCUCGGGAGGAAAAGAGAUAUAUAUUUAACAUUGUGUUAAUGGUCCUGGUCUGGUUCAUUCUGUUAUACACCUACUUCAUGAUCAUCAGCGCCGCCAAGGCGGCCUCCGCCGAUGCUAAAAAGGCCAGGAACACCGUUCUCCUGCACGGCUUCCAGCUGCUGCUAUGUUUGCUCACCUACGCAUAUAACCCGAUCAUGCAAAGUUUGUUGCUGCUGUUUCCUAAUGCACUCCGAGACAUUCGAUUCAGUGUCUCCAUAUUGGUUCACGUUCUUCCUCGACUCAUCAGUCCAGUCGUCUACGGGCUGCGAGACAAGACUUUCAGGAAGUACCUGAAAACUCUGUUCUGUGCAAACAGGGCUGAAACGCACCCACAGAAGACGACCUGAGUAGAUCACGAUGACACCUAGUUUGAAUACUUCCUGACAGUAAAACUGUCAGGAAGUAUGUGUGGGUCAGUGAAUAAUGGGUCUAAGAUAAUAUAUGAUCUCCUUUCUCUAGUCCUAGGUAAGGCUACACAGAGGUCACUGUCGUCCCUGACCCAGUGACUUGUUCACUUGAUUCAAAGACUUACUACCAAAAUCCAAUGAUUUGUCCUCUUAAACCAUAUUAAAUGUGAUAGGAAAUGUGUAAAGUUUUUUUUUUUUUUUUUUGAGUCUCAAUAAACAAGUUGCAAACUUCAGCCCAACCACUAGAUGCUCCCAAAAGCGUCUCAGUGGACAUUUAAGGUAAGAAAAACGAGAAAGGUCUGGAUGAGAUCAUUAAAUCCUCACAUCCCAACAGUAAAGAUAAAAUCUCUAAAGAGUAAAACAAACAAACAAACUAAUUAAACAUUGAAUUGACGUCAGAGCUGAUUUAUAAAAACCUGGGUCUGGCCCAAGCACCAUCAUCAGAGUGAA